AUGGCGGUGACGGGCGACGAGAUGAUGCCUCAGUCCCAGGCCGAGAUCAUGGAUGUGUUCGGGGGUUGCCUACCGGCGGUGGCCCAGAGCCUUCAGGGCAUGAAGCAGCGCCAGCAGGACAAGGAGAAGGGCGACCACCAGGACAACAAGCGUCCUCGCAAGGAGGAGGGGCCGGAGGCCAGCGCACGACCGAAGACGGGACCACCACGUCGAGGACAACAGCGCCGGGGCAACCCAAGCUUCGGAACUUCUUCGAGCGGCCUCGAGCGUCUGGUUGCGAACAUGGCGUCCCUAUGCUUGCGCCAGGAGGAGGAGCUGCAGCUGAUGCGAGUGGACAAGCAGUUUCUGAUCCACUUCAGCAGCGGUCCCCAGGGAUUGUUGCCAUCCCUCUAUGCGGUGGCCCAGAAAUGGAACGAGGCCAAAGAGAAGUCCCCCCCGGAAGUGAAGAACUCACUACGCGGGGACGACCUCUUUUGGCCGUACAAGAAAUGGGACGGACAGCAGCUCGUGCUGGACACGGCCCGCGAGCCGGUGGCACACCAGAUCAUGCUAGAGACGGUGGCCGAGCUGAAGCAGAUCUUUCUCAGCGAGACCGAACAGCUUGUACACAAGUUUCGGAGCACAAGGCCGCUGACGGCACAGAUUGCGGGCGGGGCACUCCCCUUCCUACUUUCCCUCUCCUGCCGAGGGCAGGUGGCGGAUCAAGCCCACGCGAAGUGCAACAUCCUGUGCGGCAGCACGGCUCUCCAGCUGAUUGGGGCCAACAUGCGAGCAGAGCGAGCCAAGAGGAGUCCCGCAGCGAACGCCCUCGCCAAGGACCUGGACCAGUUGCGAGCAACGCUUCAGAACUGA